CUCCCCCACGCACGCCUCCAAUCGCGCCGCCGCUGCUCCCCUCCUCCCGUCGCGCCGCUAGUCCCCUCCUCCCGUCGCGCCGCCAGCCCUCCCCAUCUCACCGCUGCUCCCCUCCCAUCGCGCCGCGCUCCCUGCCUCCCGUAGCACCUCCGCCAUUCCCCAUCGCGCCGCCGCAUCGCUCCACCCAUCGCAUCAACCCUGCAGCUCUCCAGGUCAGGAGGAAUAGAUGUCCCCUUCGGCCCUGUCAAUUCCACCACCACUCCGUGACUCCUAGGGCUCGUAGCUCCAGGAACCAGCGCCCACGCACCCUCCCACGCUCGCGUGUCCACUCCGCUGUCACUCUUCUUGCUAUCCCUUGGGCUUGAGUGCUGUUCGAAUGAACCAGUUGGUGUCGCGGAAGUACAUGGGCUGAAUUUAUUAACCAAGGUCAUCAACAAGGCAAGCAUCAGAGGACCAAGGGGAUCUCCAUGGUAGAAGUUUGAACUUUACUUGAGGAAAACAGCCAUAUAGCUGGCAACAAGCAAACACCAGAGGUGCACCAUGGAUAAACAGUGGAUGGAUAAGCCUAGGCACUCUAGAGAAUAUUCAGAAGGGCUGGACAUAUUCCUACAACAUGAAUUUAGUUCAGCAGUAGGCAACAAAAUACAAUGCCCCUGUAAAAAAUGUGCUGGUUCAUUCUGGAGAGAUGAAAGCGAAGUUCAUGAGCAUUUGAUAUGUGAGGGCUUUCUACGAGGGUACAAACCAUUGAUGUUUCAUGGAGAAGGUAGCUCCUUUGUGAAUUCUGCUGAGUAUGAUGAGGUUGGGGAUGUGGAGUCAAGUGAACAUGAUGACAUCUCUGAUUUGCUUCGAGACUUGGCAUGUGGCUUAGAUGAUAGGGGGGAAUUUGAGGAUGAGGGUAAUUCAGAUGUAACAAAUGAAGAUCUGAAUGCUCUUAAAAUGCUGUCAGAUGAUUAUGGGCAAGAACUGUACCCAGGGUGUGAUAAAUUCUCAAAGCUGCAUUUCAUAGUUAAACUACUACACAUCAAAUUGCUUGGGGGAUGGUCUGAUAAGAGUUUUGAUCUAUUACUAAAUCUACUUAUUGAAGCUUUCCCUAAAGGGUCAGCACUACCAAAGAACUACAAUGAAGCUAAGAAAACAGUGAAAUGCUUACGGCUUGGAUAUGUUAGUAUUCAUGCAUGUAAAAAUGAUUGCAUCCUUUAUUGGAAGGAUGAUGCUAAUGCCAACUCUUGUCCAAAAUGUGAAACCUCAAGAUGGAAGUCAGAAAACAAGAGUCUAAAUGGCAAACGCAUACACAAGGUUCCUAAUAAAGUUCUUCGCUAUUUUCCAAUAAAGAGAAGGUUUCAGAGGUUGUUUGCAUGCUCUAGAACAGCAGCUCUAACAAGAUGGCAUGAUGAAGAGCGCACACAAGAUGGUUUGGUUAGACAUCCAGCAGAUUCUCCUCUUUGGAAGGAUUUUGACCAUAAGCACCCAGAAUUUGCCUCUGAUCCUCGCAAUAUUAGAUGUGCAUUAGCUACCGAUGGGUUUAAUCCAUUCAGAUCCAUGAAUAUUUCUUAUAGCAUUUGGCCUGUUAUUAUAAUUCCAUACAACUUUCCACCAUGGAUCUGUAUGAAGCAACCAAACUUCAUAAUUUCUUUGUUAAUUCCUGGUCGAUAUGCUCCUGGUAGUGACAUGGAUGUCUUUAUGGAGCCACUAGUCGAUGAUAUGUACGAUAUGUUUGUCCAUGGUGUUAGAACUUUUGAUGCCUCCAAGGGUGAGUAUUUCCAGUUGCGUGCUGCUAUAUUAUGCACCAUUUCAGAUUAUCCUGGUCUUGGGUAUGUGGCUGGUUGUACUACCUCAGGUGAGGGAGCAUGCAUUGAGUGCCAUCAAUUUACACGCUCUCUUCGAUUGAAAAAUGGCAGCAAGACUUCUUACAUGGGACACCGUAGGUUUCUACAUGCAAACCACCCAUUUAGAUUUGAUGCUGAUUCUUUUGAUGGUGUUGUUGAGCUUGAGUCAGCACCUGUUCCACUUUCUGGAAAGGAAAUUUUGAAGCAGACAGAAGGGAUGCAAACAUCUUUUGGGAAGGAUCCAUCUGGAAAGAAGGUAACGAAAAAGAGAAAGCGUAAGGAGGGGGAGCCAAUUAAUAUUUGGAAAAGAAGGUCUAUUUGGUUCAAACUUCCAUAUUGGAAGGACUUGCUUUUGCGUCAUAAUCUUGAUGUAAUGCACAUUGAGAAAAAUGUAUGUGAUAACAUAAUCAAUACACUCUUGGGUACUGACAAGAAGUCAAAAGACAACUUAAAUUCUUGGUUAGACCUUCAAGCUCUAGGCAUAAGAAGUGAUCUUCAUCCUAUUGAAGUAGAAGAUAAAUUUUAUUUACCUCCAGCCCCAUACUCAAUGAAUUCUGAAGAGAAGAAAUUGUUUUGCAAAGUGUUAAAUGGAGUUAAGUUCCCUGAUGGUUAUGCCUCUGAUAUACGGCGCAAUGUCCAGGUUAAUGAGAAAAAGAUAAUCGGACUUAAGAGCCAUGAUAAUCAUGUUAUCCUUCAACAAUUGCUUCCACUUGCUGUUAGAAGGAUAUUACCAGAAAAUGUUAGUGCAGCACUGAUUCGUGUGAGCAAUUUUUUUAAGCAAAUAUAUUCGCCUGUUAUCCGUGUAAGUGAUAUGCAAAAACUAGAGGCAGAAAUAGCUGAGACCAUAUGUCUUCUUGAGAAAAUAUUCCUACCCUCAUUUUUUACUAUUAUGAUACACUUGAUGGUCCAUCUACCUGCUCAAGCAAGAAUAGCUGGUCCGGUACAUUUUCGCAACAUGUACCCUGGAGAGAGGUUUUUGAUGAGAUGUAAGGGGUAUGUUCGCACUAGAAGUCAUCCCGAAGGAUCAAUUGCGGAGAGCUAUUUAUUUGAUGAGAGUCUUACAUUCUGUUCUCGUUAUUUACAUGGUGUUACUCGUUUUACUCGGCGAGUUAGGAAUGACGAAGGCCUGCCCAUGGAAGUUCAGAGUACCACUCCUUUCUUUCGCAACAUUGGGCGAGGGUUAGCUGGCAAAUGUUGCGUGGCUUUAGACCACAAAAAUUGGUUGCAGGCACACAGAUAUGUCUUAUUCAACUAUGACAAUAUCGAUCCUUAUUUGAACAAACACAUUGACUAUCUUUCCUCAACUGGCCUUCAAAACAAACGUGAAAUUGACCGUGUGCACCAUGAAACCUUUCAUGAGUGGUUUAGAUUGCAUGUCACUGAGAUGGGUGAUGAUGAACCAGAAGAGAUAAAAAUUUUAGCUAAAGAGCCCAUCAUGGCUGCCAAUAAAUAUAACAGCUACACCAUAAAUGGUUUUAACUUUCAUACACAGUCUUAUGAUGAGGGAAGGCCUGUUCAAAGUAGUGGAGUGUCUCUAAUGGCUGAGACCACAUGUUUUGAAAGAGGCAAUAAUGAUUGCCGCGUAGUAGGAAACAAGAUCUAUUAUGGUAUUAUAAAAGAAAUUAUUGAGUUGAAUUAUAGCAACAGAGGUAAUAUAGUGCUCUUCAAGUGUGAUUGGGUUGAUAAUCGCAUACAGGACAAGUGGGUAAAGACUGAUCAGUUUGGGAUAACUACUGUGAAUUUCAAGCAUUUAUUCAAUACCGGUGACAAUAUAUCAGAUGAGCCUUUCAUUUUAGCAUCUCAAGCUAUUCAGGUUUACUAUGUUCAAGAUCCUGUUGAUACUGAAUGGUUUGCUGUUAGGCAAUCAAAACCACGUGACUUAUAUAAUAUGAGUGAAACUGAAAAAGAUGAUUUGGGGAAUGACACUGAAGUAUCCAUCAUUUUGCCUGAUGUGCAUCCCAAUUCAACUAUGAAUAUCUCUGUUGAAGAAACUGUUUUUGUUAGGACAGACAUAGAUGGAAUAAUUGUUGAAGCAAACAAACCUAAGACGAAAAACAAUGGAAAAGGCAAGAGGAAGGUCUAAAGAAAAGGUUAUCAAUGGAAUGGCAGUUGGAAAGAAUAAGGAAAACACUCUUACUGAUUAUGAAAUACGUCGCAAAGGUGUCAUAGCAGCAAACAAUGAAAUGUUACAAUCUCUAAACCUCCCGCCCAUGGGCAGCAAUACGCAUGUUCAACAACGACCCAAGAAAAUACCUAAGGUAACUGAUGGUAGAAACAUGGUGCCAUGUGGAGAUCAUAACUUGCGGUCUAGGUCAAGAAAUAACCUAGAGGAAAAUGUAGAUGAAAAUGUUGGCGAUGAUCCUGAAUACCAACCAGAAGAAGAUGCCAUGGAUGACAAUGAAGUAGAUGUAGAAGAAAUUCUUGAACUUGAAAAAGUUCAGCAGAAAAAGAAGGAAGGAAGGGGUAUCACUCAAAAGCUCAACAUAAUUUCAAGGGUGGGUGAAGCUAAAAUCAAAAUUACUCUCAACGAAUUUGGUCAGCCGGUGGGGCUUGAUUCUGAGGAAUUUGCCACUACUGUUGGGACAUUUGUGAGAAAGAAAAUACCUGUUGCAUGUGGUGAUUGGAGAGAUGUUGACGUCAAAGACAAGCUGAAAGUAUGGGAAGAUGUACAGAAACAUUAUGAGAUCAAUGAAUAUGGUUUACAUUUUGUGUUGGAGACAUCACAUAUGAUAUGGAAGGAUUAUAAGGCUGAUUUGAAGAAGAAACAUUUUGAUGCAAAUCUGACUGAUGAGGAACUUAUGGACAGACGUGACUUAAGAGUCAACGAGGCACAAUGGAAGUGGCUUAUUAACCAUUGGAGAUCUCCAGAAGCUGUGGCCCGCUCCAUAAGAGGCAAGGCAAAUCGCGGAAUGUUGCGCAUGUUACAUACAGCUGGUAGCAAGAGCCACGCUCGUGUUGGCCAUGACAUGGGUGUGAAAACUGGGCGUCCUCCUAGAAGGGAUGAAGUCUUUGUUGAAACGCACAAACGAAAAAAUGGAGAAAUUAUUCCAGAGGCUGCAGAAACAGUUGAAAUGCUAAAAGAGGCUGCAGAAGUUAACCCAGAGUUGAAGAACAAAACAAUCCAGGAGGGCGAUUUGUAUUCACGUGUUUGUGGAACUAAGGAACCAAGAGGCCGUGUUCGUGUUUUAGGAAAGGGACCAACUCCUCAGGAUGUGGGCACACCAGGAACACGUAGCAGAAUGCCAACAAGACUUCAGCUAGAAAUAGAAUCUCAUCGACAGACCAAACAAGAAGUUGUAUGUCUGAAUAAACGCAUGGACGACAUGCAACAACGUUUUAACAUAAUGGAGCAUAUGGUUAUGUCUCAAGGUGUGCAGAAUAUAGAAACAAGUUCCCAUCAUGCUUCUAAUUCUCGACAUGCUGAGAGCCCAAGGAGUCCAGUACUUGAAGAGCUGCAUCCUAAUGAGCCUACCAAUAGGCACUUGCUGGAGGAGCCUCAUGCUGAGCCUACCAGUAGGCACUUGGAUAAUAUCCUAUCGGGUGAUGACUUUAUUAUCCGCAAAAAAGCUAUAACGCCAAGGGUGCCCUCAAGAAACACAGCCACAGGAAGCCAUGAAGCCACCAUUGCUGAAGGAGAAAAUCUUGUUGGUAAAGAUGUUAUCUUAUAUGCUGUCUUGAGAUCUGACACCCCUGUGGCUAAAGCAACAAUUGUAUCAAUUGAUCCAAGUUCCUUGGUGGGAGGUCAACCUCUAGGUGUUGAAUUCUAUGAAGUUGUUGUCAAUGUCGUGCUUAAAAGAGAUGCAUUGCUUCCUCGUCCAUAUGAUGAUAUGCAAACUAUGGCUGAUGCUCAGUACACAUCCAUUGCAUGGCCAAACAAUAGGUUGAAUGUUAGCAAGAGGUCUGCUAUGUCCAAAAGUGCUAACUCCAAAAGUGCAGGGGUUGUUUAGUCUGGAUAACAAAAUGCUGGCUGCAAAGGGAGUAUUUUGGUCAAAUGGUGGCUGAUGAAAAUUACCAACUUAGGGUAGUGCACUUUUAGAAACCAUGUAACUUGUAUGCCUUUUGUAGUAAACACUGCUUGUCCCUUGAUCGUUUCAACAACUGAUGUUAGAAGCAUGUAAGCUUUUGGAGUAAUGACUUGUAGUUGACAUGAACCUGUGACAACAAACUGAUGUUAGAAGCAUGUGAACUUUUGGAGUAAUGACUCGUAGUUGACAUGAACCUAUGACAGGGCAGCAAUAUACAUGUUGAUGUAAUCUUCGGGGCUAAUGUCUGGAAUUUGGUGUCUACUUCCACUCUUUUGCUAGUUGCAAUUAUCAGUAAUUUGCUAUUGAAUUGGAAUGUGAAAA